AUGAUUCUAGCCCGAUCGUGGGUUGACGAACCUCGGGUAUCGACGCAUCUGAAAGAAGCGAGGGCCAGGGUACAACGGGGAAGGGAAGAGAAAAGAGCUGCUGGUCCUGCCGGUUUUCGUGAGAGCGUCAUCCCUCCCUCACUUUUUCUUUUCCCCCUGCAUCGGAUCUCCCCGCGGGGGAGAAGCGAGAUGAGAUCACGAUCAUCCGCCUGGGCUGGGCCAUGGACCUUGGUCUUGCAGGACUUUGCUUCAGCAAAAGUGUCUGCGUCCCGUUUGGGCAAGAUUGGCUGGGGCAGGGAUACGAUUCCCGAUCGACACGGCAACUGGCUGCUGACCGACCGUGCUCUCUCUCCGACUGUACAGAGAAGUACUUACCUACAGUAUGAAUCAUGCAGUUCUGAACAGACCUCUCCGAUUGAUGGGUCGACUAUUUCUCUGAUGAUUUUCGAUGGUCUCUCCGUCUACGGGUUAUCCUAA